UUAUCCAUCACAUUACUUGCACUUAGUCAAACAAACACAUAUAUAACAGAAAUAACAACCAUCUUUACCAUUUUAACAUUUCUCCUUGUUCCUUCCUUAUGUCCUCCUCCCCCCUUCUAUGAGGCAGGCCUUUGUUCCUCCUCCUCUUCCACCCCCUCCUCACCGCGACAACACCAUUAUCGCGGUAUUGUAAAACGCACGAUCAACCAACGAGGAUAUAUACUAGGUGGUUGUACGAUCAGCAUUAGGAAAAAUACAUAACCCCCCAAAAAAAAACAUGAUGGUUGAUCAAAUGAAGCAACUACAAGACAUUUUUACACGAUUCGACAUGGAUUCAGAUGGCAGCAUAACAGUGUUAGAGCUGGCUGCAUUACUGCGCUCCCUAGGCCUUAAGCCAUCAGGUGACCAGCUCGAGAUUAUGCUAGCCUCUAUGGACUCAAAUGGCAAUGGAACCAUUGAAUUUGAUGAGCUAGUAAGCGCAAUCUUGCCUGAUAUGAAGGAAGAUAUAUUAGUAAAUCAAGGGGAACUAUUGGAAGUGUUCCGAAAAUUCGAUCGUGAUGGUAAUGGUGUUAUCACAGCAGCUGAGUUAGCUGGAGCCAUGGCUAAGAUGGGUCAGCCUUUGACAUACAGAGAGUUGACAGAGAUGAUCAAUGAAGCUGAUACUAAUGGAGAUGGAGUUAUUAAUUUUAAUGAGUUUGCUUCCAUUAUGGCUAAAUCUGCUGCUGAUUUUCUUGGACUUCCUGUCUCAUAGCAAACAGAACAGAUUACUGUAACAUUAAUUGGUAACUGGGUUUGAUUCUUUUCCUUAAUAAUGGUAUGUUUUUUUUGUGAUCCUUGCAUACAUUGUAAAAAAGAAUGUCAUAGGAUUUCAAAAUUUUUGUUUUUACAUUUUAUAUGUUCUUAGAUUUGAGAGAUCUGAAAAUUUAGAAACCAGGAGACUUUGACUUUUUCUUGUGAAAUAUUUGUUUGACAUAUUCUAUGUACAUUACAAUAAGUUUGUCUA